GCGGGACUUCCGCUCGCCCGCUGUUGUGGUCCCUUCUCCGACUUGCUUGGGUAGGGGCUCAGUGCGGAUACUCAGUCAUGAAGUCCGGGUAGCGACUUCUCUUGGGUGGCCGUGAGCCUAGGUUCCGGGGGCCGGACUUCAGGUGAUUCACAAGAUGCUGCUCUCCAUAGGGAUGCUCAUGCUGUCCGCCACACAAGUCUAUACCAUCUUGACUGUGCAACUCUUUGCAUUCCUGAACCUGCUGCCCGUAGAGGCAGACAUUUUAGCAUAUAAUUUUGAAAAUGCAUCUCAGACAUUUGAGGACCUUCCAGCAAGAUUUGGUUAUAGACUACCAGCUGAAGGCUUAAAGGGUUUUCUGAUUAACUCGAAACCAGAGAAUGCUUGUGAACCUAUAGUGCCUCCACCACUGAAAGACAAUUCAUCUGGUACUUUUAUCGUAUUGAUUAGAAGACUUGAUUGUAAUUUUGAUAUAAAGGUUUUAAAUGCACAGAGAGCAGGAUACAAAGCAGCCAUAGUUCACAAUGUAGACUCUGAUGACCUGAUUAGCAUGGGAUCCAACGACAUUGAUACAUUAAAGAAAAUUGACAUUCCAUCUGUCUUUAUUGGUGAAUCAUCAGCUAAUUCCCUGAAAGAUGAAUUCACAUAUGAAAAAGGGGGCCACGUUGUCUUAGUUCCAGAACUGAGUCUUCCUUUGGAGUACUAUCUGAUCCCCUUCCUCAUCAUAGUGGGCAUCUGCCUCAUCUUAAUAGUUAUUUUUAUGAUUACAAAAUUUGUUCAGGACAGACAUAGAAACAGAAGAAACAGACUUCGCAAAGAUCAACUUAAAAAACUUCCUGUACAUAAAUUUAAAAAGGGAGAUGAGUAUGACGUGUGUGCUAUUUGCUUGGAGGAAUAUGAAGAUGGAGAUAAGCUCAGGAUCCUUCCCUGUUCCCAUGCUUAUCAUUGCAAGUGUGUAGAUCCCUGGCUAACUAAAACCAAAAAGACCUGUCCAGUCUGCAAACAAAAGGUUGUUCCUUCCCAAGGUGACUCGGACUCUGACACAGACAGCAGUCAGGAAGAGAACCAAGUGUCAGAGCACACCCCUUUACUUCCACCCUCAGCUUCUGCCAGGACCCAGUCAUUUGGGUCUCUGUCAGAAUCCCACUCACAUCACAACAUGACAGAGUCUUCAGACUACGAGGACGACGACAAUGAAGAGACCGACAGCAGUGAUGCAGACAAUGAAAUUACUGACCACAGUGUUGUGGUCCAGCUGCAGCCUAAUGGUGAGCCGGAUUACAACAUAGCAAAUACUGUGUGACUGACUUUCAGGUGGUUGGUUUAUUUCCCUUAAAAUGUUUAUUUAGGUAUAUGAUUUCAUUUUUCUGCUCCCUUUAGAAGUUUCUGUAGAAAUAACUUACUUUUCAGUUUUCUAGUGUAAUCAAGUCCUGAACCAGGCUAUUUGAUCUCUGAUACUUAUGUCCAGUGGUAUCCAGCCACUCUACUAACCAGUAACAGACUGGUGCUGUAACUCAGGCAUCACUUUAGCUCUGGGGAUGACGAGAUGUAGCCAAGGACACUUACAAAUCCUCAGUGUAGCUUGAAAUGGAGCCCUAGAUCACAGUAUGCAGAUGUCUUCUUACACACGAGGUCUGCCAAGGUCAUCUAGCAUGAGCUAAACAACUCUCCCUUUCAUAAAGUUGCCUCGUGCUGUUGGGUUGGCACAUGUCCCUUCUGACAGUCCCUCGGUGUCAUGAUGAAUGCGUGGCAACAGCAGUUUAUUUCCCUUCACAGUACCACAGAGAAACUAAAAGAUGUCAUCUUCCUUUCUAUUCCUGAGUAGUUUUUCCUCAUAGGAAAGGUCUAGUGUUUGUUGACUUCAAGUGCUUUGUUUUAAGGUUUUCAAAACCAUUAUAGUGUUAUGAGUUUGAUUCCACAGGAACGUCUCUGGACCUCACUUUCCAUAUUUCAGUAUACUUUUGUGUUGUGAUUAAAAAAUGCUGCAUCAAAAAACCAAAUUUCAGCACCUGUUAAUACUGAGAUCACAUACCUCUUCAUAAAGAGCAUCUUAUGCUAACUAGCCCUGCUGAACCAUGUGCAGAGGAAAUUGUUCAAGUAUUGGAUUUGAAAAUAAGUGCUUUUGUUUAAUAGACCUAAUGUAUUGAGGCAAUGUAUUAUGAAAAGCGAAAUUAUAUAACACUGUAACUAUGUAGAAAAUAUACUUAUAUAAUCAGAAUGCUAAGACUUUUUAUAUGGCCUUGUAUGAUGAGAGCUUCAAUGUUAAUAAAUGUUUUCCACUUUAAAAGCCACAAAGUAUUUGUUCUGAUGAACUUUUAUCACGCUUGCCUUAUAUGCAGGGUGCUAUAAAGGAAAAUGAUAAAGGUCAUUCAUCACCUUAGGAUUGAUACAAGGUUACUCACGCAUUACAAACAGUUAGGCUUUUCCACCAAAAUUAACACUAUAGCCAAAAAUCAUCUCCUAUCUCUUCAAUAAUGUAAAUUAGGGUAUUUUGUUGUAAAUUGUGAUAAAUUCUUUACAGUAGAUUCAUUUAGUGACAUGGAAAAUUGAAUAAAAUCAUGUAAUAUUAUAAGUA